UACAAAUUUGAGUCACACAACACAAAAUUGCAGAGGGAAAAACUUGAUUCUUUCUGGGUUUCUAGCUUAAUUCAGCAGGGGAUGGAAGAAAUUAAAGAAGAUGAGACAAAACAAGGAGAAGAUGAUGGCAAUUUGAAUACUACUAAAUGUGGAGGUAAUUCAGAGAAGGUUUCUAGUAAUGGAGAAAGACAAGAAUUAGGAGAAAAAAUAGAGAAAGGUACAGAAGUAGUAAUAGAUAUUGAUGAAAAUCAAGGAAUGGAAAAAGUAUGUCGUAUAUGUCAUUUGAAUGAAGAGUCCAAGGAAAUAAUUGAGCUUGGUUGUGACUGUAAAUCUGAGCUUGGUAUUUGUCAUCGCCAUUGUGCUGAAGCCUGGUUCAAUCAGAGAGGCAACAGAUCAUGCGAAAUAUGUGAGAAGACAGCAAAAAAUGUGCAAAUAAGAUUACAGGAGAGUAGAAUAAUGGUGACAGAGUGGAAUGAAGGGGCAGUAGAACCCAUAAAUUCAUACACAACCACUUCAUCUACUACAGAAAAUGCUUGUUUAAGAAGAUGUCAGCAAUACUUCUGUAAUUUACUGCUUGCCUGCCUAGUAAUUUAUUUUCUUUUUAUUUUACAUUCUUUCAACGCUAAGAAAUAGACUCUGAAUUAUCUCUGUUUCUAUUU